AUGCCCGACUCCAAGACAAAGAUACGCCCGCAGCAGUCGUGCCUCAGAUGUCGCGAGCGCAAAGUGAAGUGCGACCGCUCCGUCCCAUGCCACGCCUGCAUAAUCCGCGGUCUCGAAGCAGAGUGUACCUACCUAACAACGGCUGAAGAUCGCGCCCAUAUCAGCCAAUCCGAGAUAAUAAACCAACUACGACGCGAAGUUUCACAGCUGCGGGAGCGCCUGAACCGGGGUUCACGAGAGCCGGGUGAUACCCAGAGCCAGCACGAGCGCCCGGGCCAAGGGGCUGGGCCUCAUGCGCCUGCGCACAACUACGACAACCAUGGUCAUGGCAAUGGCAAUGGCGCUGGUUCUGCUUCGGCUGGAGGUACCCCGGAUACUGGUGAAGGUAGCUGGCGCGGGUCAUCGCCAGCAUCAUCGAUCAUCACGAACUCUGUGACUGUGACGAGUCCUGAUAGUACGGGGAGUGAGAAUGGGACCAGGUCGACAUCCGCUUCGUCGCGGUCGACUUCUACUUCGGCUUGUCCUAUCGCGACGGGGUAUCCGCCGCAAAUUGCGGAGCUAGAUGGGCCUACAGUUCAACCCCUUGCUUGUAGAAAUACUGUAGAAGAUACGACAAUGUUCGGUUGUUAUACAGGAGGCGUGACCUUCCCUCCGGGGGCCAUGACCGGAACCGUCUCAGUACCGAUGCAGGGUCUCCCAGUGCACGCGUUACACGCGCAGGAUGCAAUGUUAGGGAUGCACUACCCGUCGAUAUAUGGAGUCAAUAGCGAUAAUUACAUGCUUGACGGAGAAGCACUACCAUACUUACAACACACUGGAUAUCCCGCACCCAUACUCACAUCAACAGUACCACAUUACGGGGAAGAAUACUCAAUACGGAAUGAAUAUGACAGGCCUCAUGCAUUUCACCAUUGGGGGCAAGAUGCAUACGGGAAUUCGAAUCCGAGUCCGAACCAAUUCCCGCAAACGCAUAUAUACCAAACCCCGUCUCAUUAUUCUACUAUCCCCUUCACCAACAUCACUGCCAACACAAACAUCAACACCUAUGCAGGUGCGCCCUUCUUCCCACCCGCCCCGACACACUUGGCAGACGAUACCUCAAGCCAUGCCGGCCCUAAUUCCCAGGACCGUCCUUCACCAACAACCAUCAUGAACUCGAUGCCAAGCUCAUGGAAGGGCGAGGGGAAACAGGAACUGCUAGAGAUCCUGCUGGAAACAAUUGGCAGCUGUGACGAGCAACGUUUACCUCAGGUGAUUCAGGUCUUGCGGACAAGCCCUUCACCGGAGGAAGCUGUCUCGGGUGUGUGUCAGGUUCUCGGGAUUGGGACUGGGCGGCUUGCGACGGCGUAA